AUGUCGACUUGUCUUUCACCCGAACUAUUUGAUUACUCAACUGCUCGCAUGGACAUUUUCCACCUCUCCACCUUAUUAGGCUCCAAAUUCAUGGAUGCCUACGUUGGACUGAUAGCAAGCCAGAAGCUCCAAACUGAAUUAUACAUACUGUCAUACUUACUCAAAGAUCGAGUGUAUCCUGGUGAUCUUUGGGAACUAGUGGGGGAGCGUAGUAUAGAGGCAAUGCAGGAAGAAACUUUGUAUAGACACCAAGCCAUCUGUAAUGCCGGUAGGGAUAGAGGAAGGCAUGCGGCUGUAGAGCGAUUUCUCAUGGAAGAGAGGAAGAAACGGUGUCAGAUGGAGGUGUCUUUGUACUCACAGGCCAUCGAAAUCUUGGAGCAAUUCCGAAUGCCACAUAUUGGAGCUCCAGCCAAGCAUGAGAUCAAGACACCCUCAGCAACCUUGAGGCAUGUGGGCGCGCCAUCACGGUGCUUACCUUUACCCUGUGCACCUUUGGCCUGCUCAAUCUCUACGCGAGCAAAGUGCGAAGCUUGGUUAAUAAGGAAUGACGCAUACCUCAACUCAGCAGGAUUGUCUCCACCUUUGGAGAGCUCCCCUUCGUUGGGAAGCCCACCCCUGUUGGAGGGCUCCCCCCCUUUUGGGGCCUCGCCCCCUUCAUCACUCGGUCAACCCCCCUCUGCGCAGGAAGAACCAGUACAUGACGUUUUAGAUCGCAUCGGCUCCUCACCACCCCUGCUGAGCACAUGGAUCACUGCUGAUGUCCAAGAAGCCUUUUACGAGGCAUUCCAAACGGAAUUGGACAUGCAGUCGGAGCUGAUGUCAAAGUCCUUUGUUGCUCGCCGCAGCAACGCUAACCUACGCAAUCACGGGCUAGAUCUGCUCAUCUUGCAGGCCAAGAUGCACCGCGCCCAAGCUGAGAUAACGCUGUAUACCCUAGCUCUUGAGAACACCCACGCAUUCGAUUUCUCUGACCACAGUUCACAAACAUCCUGGGAUCGAUCUGUCCUACGGCCUAUACUAUCCGAUGAGCUACACUACUGCGAUGUGGACGCUGACGAUGACUCGGACCAAUUACAUCAUGACGACUUUGAAUCUGGUCUCCAGAUAGCCUUCUCGCCAAACGGCCAGCUUGUUGCCACAGGCGGUCGGGAAAACACAAUCUUUUUGUGGGAUAUAUCUCAGGAGUCCACCAUUAUGACGAAUGCCGUGUCAUCCUCAUUCGUUUCCCCGGCGUCCCACAUCUCAAGCUACAUCGACCAGCCAUCCGCAAACUUCCAUUCUCUUCCAGCUUCUUCUGCACCGGCGCCGGACGAGCUACCAGAUGCGACCGAGUUCGCAACAGAACUUGUAGGCUCGCGUGAUGCUGCUACCUCACAUUCCCCAUCUCUGUCUCUUCAAGAAACCAUUAACUCGCGUGAUGCAGCUGCAUCCCCUUCCCCAUCUCUUCCCCCUCAAAGCUCCUUUCAUCCUCGCAUAGUGACUUCUUCAGCUUCCACUCCGGUCCUGGCCUCGCCCCCAAAAUCAUCUUGGAAGCGCUUUCCCAUGUUCAAUAGGUCUGCAGCGUCUGUAGAUUCCAAGCGGUGGAAAUUCUCGCGCAUUGGUAGUAUCUCGCAAGCAUCGGAACGUGGAACAACAAGCAGGUCCUAA